CGUUUUCUAAGCAGGAAGUGAAAUUGAAAAUCAUGUUCCAAAGAUAUUGAAAAAGAAAACCCUUGCGUUCAUUGUUCGUUGUAAUCGUGUAGUUUGCGAUGUCUGACAGCGGUCAUUGUGUGCUGCGUGAUGUGACUCUUUGCUCGCCAGUGGGGGAAAUCCUGCUGAGCGGCUGUGAGAGGGGAGCUCACACCAUUGAUAUCAAACUGGGAACAGACAAGGAGGAGAGUGUACACCCUAUUGGCCAAUCAGAAAUGAGCCCUGAGUUACAGCGCUGUGUUGACUGGCUUCAGUGCUACUUCAUGAAACCCGAGUCCAUCAGCACUCUUCUUCUGCCUGCCUUACACCAUCCGCUAAUGCAGAGCGAUUCUUUUACAGCACAUGUGCUGUGGACUCUGUUGAAGGAAGUGGGGCUUGGGCAAACGGUCUCAUACAAGCAGCUUGCUGAAAUGAUCGGGAAUCCAAAUGCUGUGCGAGCCGUGGGCUCAGCCAUGAAAAAAAACCCUAUUCCACUGAUAGUGCCGUGCCACCGGGUGCUGCGCAGCUCAGGGGACAGUGGAUCGUAUAUGGGAGGAAAGGGAGAUGAUAUUAAAGUUUGGUUGCUCACUCAUGAGAAAAGAAGCAUUGAAACUUCAUUCUUCAAAGAGUGAAUAAUCCUUCUGAUGGACCCCCACAUCUUCAUGCUUCUUCUCAGUUUGUUCACAAACUUUUUUUUUUAUUAAGUUUGAGUUUGAAAAACAUUAUGACAGAUUUCUGAUUUGUUCAGACAAAUUAUAUUACACUUCAGCAAACAAACUCUGUUAUAAUACAUAUAUCGUCUAUAGUUAUUAAUCUUAGAUGAAUAUGUUUGGAAUUUUUGAGAGCAGGUGAUGAGGUUUGAUUAGUUGUUCUGGUUGUCAAUGUUGCAUUCACAUUGUUAAAUGUGAUUUGAAAAAUCAUUGUAUAAACAAGAUAUUUAAUCCAAAGGAUUACAGAAAAGUAUUGUUUUAAAGAAAUUGUAAUUAUUGCAUCUUUUGUAAUCUUUUAUUCCUGGCAUGCCUACGUGGUAUUUUUGCAGCAAGUUAUGCAUUUAAAAGAAAUGUUUAGGCAAAUAAACAGCUCUUUAAAGCAAAUCAAA